AUGUCUUAUUUAAUAUUGUCAAUUGUCAUCUUAUUAAUCGGAAUUUUAGGUAUUAUUCUUAAUAGAAGCAAUUUAAUUAUUAUGUUAAUGUGUGUAGAGCUAGUUUUACUGGCCUCUACUAUUUUGCUUCUAUUUGAGUCUCGUGUGCUUUACACGCUUUUUGGUCAAAUUUUUGCGAUUGUAAUUCUAACUGUUGCAGCUGCCGAAUCUGCUAUCGGUUUAGCCAUUAUGGUUAACUAUUACCGUUUACGUGGUACAAUUGCUGUUCGAGCCUUAAAUUUAUUAAGAGGUUAA